CCAGGGAUGUCAUCACCAGCACAUGUUGACUUGGCGGACUAAACUUCCUUUGCUUCGUUUAUUUUGAAUAUUAAGGAUUUCCACCAUGUCGACGGAGCCAGCGGUGGCCAAGGAUGCAGUCCUGAAGCGCAGCGAGGCCCUGCCGAAAGCAACACCCCAAGUUCGGGGCUACGACUUCAACGAGGGCGUAAACUACAGCAAACUCUUCGAGUCCUAUGUAAACAGCGGGUUCCAGGCCACGAAUCUGGGCCUUGCAAUUCGGGAAAUCAACAAAAUGCUGGAUUGCAGAGACCAGCCACUGGAGCCGGAUCAACUGGACAAGUAUGAAACCGAUGACUUCAUCCGGCGGAGGAGCAAGUGCACCGUGUUCCUGGGCUACACAUCCAACUUGGUUUCAUCGGGCUUGCGGGAGAACAUUCGCUUUCUGGCCGAGCACCGCAUGAUCGACUGCAUUGUGACCACAGCCGGCGGCGUAGAGGAGGAUUUCAUCAAGUGCCUGGCGCCCACGUUCAUGGGUUCCUUUGAGCUGAGCGGCAGGGAGCUGCGCGAGCGGGGAAUAAACCGGAUAGGCAACCUCCUGGUGCCCAACGACAACUACUGCAAGUUCGAGGACUGGGUGAUGCCGCUGCUGGACGAGAUGUUGGAGGAACAGAAAUCCCAGGGUACGGUCUGGUCGCCUUCAAAGAUUAUCCAUCGAUUAGGCGAGCGGAUUGGCGAUCCCAGUUCCAUUUACUACUGGGCGGCCAAGAAUCAAAUACCCGUCUUCUGCCCCGCCCUAACUGAUGGAAGUUUAGGUGACAUGAUGUACUUCCACUCCUUUCGCCGGCCUGGACUCGUCGUCGAUAUCCUGUCCGAUCUGAGGAGGCUUAACACCAUGGCCGUGAAGGCCGUCAACAGCGGGAUGAUCAUCGUGGGCGGCGGCGUUAUAAAGCAUCACAUUUGCAAUGCGAAUUUAAUGCGGAAUGGUGCCGAUUACUCGGUGUUUAUCAAUACCGCCUCGGAGUUUGACGGCAGCGACAGUGGAGCCCGGCCGGAUGAGGCCAUAUCAUGGGGCAAGAUCAAGAAAGAUGCCACCCCCGUAAAAGUCUACGCCGAGGCUAGUUUGGUGUUUCCAUUAAUUGUGGGCGAAACCUUUGCUAAGCGACAUCAUUGCGACGGCAAAGAGUUGCCCCGGGAGACUAACCAAGUGUAAAUACACAUAUACAAGAAAAUGAACACAA